CUUUGGCUGCUGCCUUCAUCAUCAUCACCACUGAGUUCAGUCUGAAGGUGAACUCUGUGUUCACGGUGUCGUGUCAGUGAUGUCACAGUGAUGUCACUCUGUGCACCUGCGGGCUCAGACAGAAACACAGGAGAAAAUCAGUGUUAUCUUUCAGCCGAUUUAUCUUCAUGUUUGAAGAUCUGAAUGUUUUGUUGUCGUACUCUCUGGUCCAGGGGGAGGGGCAUGUGACAGACGGAGCCGUCGAUUGGCUACUUUUGGUAGAGCUGCCACCUGUUAAAUCUUUAUUAGGUCAUGUGACUUCUCGUGGAGGAUGGGCAGUCAGAGUUAAGCUAGCUUCCAGUGGACAGGAGGUCUGAGGUGAGACGAGGGAUCAUGGGAGAUGGAGGACCCCUGCAGACCGAGGGGAAUGCCCUCCUCAAAGCCGUCUUCCAGGGGAAGUUGAGGCUGACCCGCCUGCUGCUGGAGGGCGGAGCUUACAUCAACGAGGGCAACGAUCGCGGAGAGACUCCCAUCUCGGCAGCCUGCUUAGCGAGCUACGAUGAUCCGCAGACCCGGCUGAGGAUGGUGAGGUACCUGCUAGAGAAAGGUGCCGAUCCGAACAUCCCCGACAAGAGCGGGAGGACGGCGCUGAUGCACGCCUGCGCCGAGCAGGCAGGGAAAGAGGUGGUUUCACUCCUGCUGGAGAACGGAGCUGAUCCCAGCCUCAAAGACUACUCUGGCUCCUCCGCCCUCGUCCACGCCAUCAACCGGGGAGACCGCAACACUCUGCAGGUGUUGUUGGAUGCCUGCAAGGCCAAAGGCAAGGAGGUGAUCAUCAUCACCACUGACACAUCUCCGUCUGGCACCAAGAAGACCAAACAGUACCUCAACUCCCCCCCCUCACCGGGCAUCGUGGACAAACUGUCUCCUGACUGCAUGUCCCCCUCUGAGGUGGAGAUCGGCACCUCCUCGCCGGCAGCAGACAAGAGCAAAGACGAGGAGGGGAUCUUCAGCUUUGCGCUCACCUCUGCUUUACCUUUACCUUCAGCUCGACCGCCGGGGGAAAAGAGACCACCGCCACGCAAACUGCUGAAGAGGCUGAACUCAGAGCCCUGGGGCCUGGUGGCGCCCUCAGUGCUGAGCGGGGUUCCUCAUGAGAGGGUUGACGGGGGUCUGGAAGAAGAGGGCGGAUGUGACCUGAGCAGGACGAUUGCUGAGAUUAACGGCCUAUCCAUCACAGAACCAGUGAGACCUCUGCUGUCACGGCGACACAGCAUUGAGACCCACGACCCCUGUUCCCCCAAACUCAUCGACCGGUCCUGCUCCGAGGACUGCGCAGCCCUCUCUGGUUCUUCCUGGGCCGACAAAGUCCAGCAGCACCAGAUCCUGUACCGCAGGAACACAGCCCCGGAGUCCCAGGAGAACGCCGGGUUACCAGGGGCUGUUGCGGCCCGGGCCCUGGCUCACCCCAAACUGACCCGGAUGGAGCACUAUGAGUCAGACACCCACCUCAGCCCGGAGUCUAUCCCUGGCUCUCCCGACUCUGGUCGGGUGUCUGUGGAGCGGAGGAGAUACAAUGCCUCCCCCCUUUCCCUAGUCACCAGCUCCUCCAGAGAGUCUUUAGAGAACAUCCCCAACUCUGUGUCUCCUAUAAUGCGCAGACGUCCCCCAGGGCUCCUUGAGCGUCGGGGCUCUGGGACCCUCCUGCUGGACCACAUCUCCCACACCAGGCCCGGAUUCCUGCCUCCGCUCAACAUCAACCCCCAGAGACCCAUCCCCGACAUCCGGGCCAACGGCAAGCCCACUUCUCCUGUCCACUCCGGGCACAAGAUCCUGGUCCCUGUGGCCCCUGCCUCCCCUAAACGGGGCCACGACUUCAAGAUGAAGAAGAAGCUGCUGAGGAGACACUCGAUGCAGACGGAGCAGAUGAAGCAGCUCUCCACCUUCCAGGAGAUCCUGGCCGAGAAGGUCAUCGAGUCUAACGGGGAUUGAUGACAGGAGGUGUCAGGAGGCAUGAUGGGUAACUGCAGAGACUUCUAGGGUGGUGUUUUACUGUGAAGCUUCUCCAUCAGAUCAUCACCUCACUGAUGAACUCUGUGCCACAUUUAACACCACGUUCUGGUCUCGAUGGAGGGCUGCACCAACAACAACUGAGAAAAGGGUGCAGUCAGAGUUUAAACUUUUUUGAGCUGUUCGGCGGUUAAUGUUAGUUUAAUAGUAAUUAUUAAUAAAAGUCAAAGUAACAAACACAAAGAAAGAUGGAACGCCUCAAGGGUAACCGGACAUCCUCUGCUGCAACACUUUGAACUAGAACCUGACCUGCUCUACGACAUGGUUUCUUUAAUUUAUUUUCUGUUCCUGGUAACAGUUUUUCAGAUCAAUAAGAGAAAUUUGUGAUUGAACUGAUUAAAGGAGGUUAAAGUUUUCGUGGGUGCAGCUCUCCGGUUUCCUCUCUGCCGGACCAGGAAGCCUUCACGGUUAAAAAUCAGUUUACGACACAUUCCUGAUGCUUCCUCUGAACGCUCCUCAAUCAUUCACUCACUUCAGUUAAAAACUGAUGAAACUAUAACCUGACUUGUUAGAUGUUUACAGAUGCACAAUUUGCACUGAGGUCAUGUCCAUUUUUCUCACGGUGACGGAUGAAAACUUGAACCUUCUUCUGGAGUUUUACUGAUAAAAUGCAGAUCUGAAAACUUUUCAUUGAUGAAGUCAACAUAUUUAUUUGAAUCAUUUGUAAGCUCCUGUUCUGAUUGAAGAAGUGUGAAACUACCUACUGUGCUGUAUGUACUGUAAUUAUCUACACACUAGUCAAUAUAAUAAUUGGUAUUUCUGUGUAAAUGAGUUCCUCUGAAUGAAUCGUCUUUACUUUACCGUUCAGAGGGACGCUUGAACGUCCUGACAGUGUUUCUGUACUUUAACCACAGGUUUCACAACACUGAGGUGAUAUUUUGAUCUAAUUUGUGUUGAGAUGAACUUAAAUGAAAAUAGUUUUCUUGUUUAUAAAAUUCCAAAGAAGUCAUGUGGUCAAAUCAAAACGUGCUGAGACUGUAAAUACUGCACUGUAAUACAACCCCGAAGCACUUCAUCUGGCUCAACAUAAGGGGGCGCUAAAGGACAGUUAACCCUAACAGUUAAACAGUCCCACGUUUUCUGUGUCCAGUACAGAGAAAGGUUCAGGAUGGAGUUAGCCUAACUUAGCAUAAAGACGCAUUAAGGCCCAGUCACCCCAGGUGGUAUCAUAGCAAAAGUAAAGUGAAAUGUGUUUCUAGAAUCUCUCUGAUGUAGCGACAACUCGCGGGGCUGGCUGGUGAACUACUGUAGCUGGAGAGCUAACUGCUAACAUGCUAACAGUGACAAUAUCUCUCUUUUCGCUCUACUUUUGUGUUUACUCUCCCUGACAUUUCUCUCAUCAUUUCAUUAAUAAAACAGUUGCUGAUGAGGGAAAGCUAACGGUUUGCUAAAGUUCAGUUAGACCGCUUAAAUGAGUGGAUAGCAGUACACCAAGUCUCCACACUUUAUGAACAGCUGUAUCAGCAUGAUGUCCUCUUGUCUCCUGACUUUGAGUAAACCAGGUCUCUGUUGUGGAGCAGUUGAUAGUCUAAUACACCUGGAUGGUGACGCGCAGCUAAUAAGCUACGAUAGAUUCCCCCAUUUUUGACCCUCCAUCCACUCAGAGGUCAACAAGGUGAAUUCACAAAUCAAAGUGCAGAUUUACUCUCUGCUUUCUACUUUCAGAUGUACUUAUCGUAGUGACAUCAGAUUUAUUUGAAUUUGCUGUGAAGAGUCUCCCAGCACCUUUUAGUUCGCUAACAGCUAAACUGCUAACUGAUCCUAAAACCACAAUAUCUCCUCUUCACAUUUCAGUUUCUAGAUCAGAUGUUGGAGCUAGGCUAGCUGCCUGCUACUGCUAACAUUUAUCAAAUUGUUAAUCUCAAUGUGACAGCACAAGCUAACACUGCCGAGCGUGUAGCCAUUUAUUUUACCUUGAAGCUAGUAUCUAAAUCUUUUAUCUGAACUUACAGGGAAAGUUAUUAUUCUCAUAAUGAAGUCCAUUUUGAUGAUGAUUCAUGCUAACUGUGCACCUCUGUUGUACAGAUUAUAUUUGACUCUGGGUAAAAUGUAAAUAAGGACAAUCCUUGAAAACUCAGUCCCACCGAAACGAAACUGCAUCCAGUCUUGGUGCUAAGCUAAGCUAACAGUUCCCUGUGUCCAGUCUUGGUGCUAAGCUAGGCUAACAGUUCCCCCUUUGUCCAGUCUUGGUGCUAAGCUAGGCUAACAGUUCCCCCUGUGUCCAGUCUUGGUGCUAAGCUAGGCUAACAGUUCCCCCUGUGUCCAGUCUUGGUGCUAAGCUAGGCUAAGCCUAACCUGGACUUGUCUGUGUACUGGACUCUGAUGAAACGGGACUCUGGAGAAGAAGAGAUUUACAGGAAUGUGUUUUUAUAAAGUUUUAUUGAAAUGAAUGUCUCUGAAUGUCAAGUAAUGUUGAUAAAGUUUGAUUACAACUAAAAUGUUGAAUAAAAGUUAAUUUGACCCUUUCUGAUACAAAAAACUAAGAACUGAAUGUUUAUCAGUCAGAAGUUUUGGAAUAAUUCAGUCUCACAGGUUCAGCCUGACAGACGAGUGGGUUUGCUUUUAUUUUGACGGGAAACAACAGAGUCUCUGUCAUUCCUCUUUUAUUAGGGUAGGUGUAUGACAUCACCUCUGACAUGUCAGAAGAGGGAGGAGCUUCAGCUCAAACUGUUGAGGUAAAUACACCUGUCAGUCAGCUGAUCCAACUAUCAUAUGAGACUACUGAUUAGUCUGAACUGGAUCAGUCUGACCUGGAUCAGUCUGGUUUUAACUGGAUAAGACUGACCUGGAUAAGACUGACCUGGAUCAGCCUGGUCUGGUUGUUCACAGAUACUGAAAUUCAAAGUAUUUUUGUACCCUGAGAACAGACGGAAACGUCUCUGAUGAAUCUGAUCUAUUUUUCUUCUUUCACUCCAACUGUAACUCAAACUGGAAUAAAAACAUUUGUUUCAUGUUCA